UAUUCGAAAUGUGUAGUCUAACGUCCUAGUUGACAAAGUGUUUAUAACAAAUUAACAAGUGAUAAAUAAAACGAUUGAUAAUGGUUUUAUAAGAGCAAAAAUAGCUGUGAUAUAGUUUUCUAAGUUUACUGGAAGUCAAAAUGCGUCAACAUACAUUAAAAGCCGAAUAAGACAAAUGUUUACGUGAAACCAAUAAUUAGUGACAAUUGGCACAAGAGUUUCAAAAAUGACUUAUAACAAGAAAGUAUCUUACUUUUAUAACCCUGAUGUUGGGAAUUUCCAUUAUGGGCCAGGUCAUCCUAUGAAACCCCACAGACUGUCAGUCAUUCACAGUUUGGUUUUGAACUAUGGACUGCACAAGAAAAUGCAAAUUUACAGGCCCUACAGAGCAAGUACACAUGAUAUGUGUCGCUUUCACUCAGAAGAGUAUGUUGAGUUUUUACAAAGGGUCACACCUCAAAAUCUUCAGGGUUAUACAAAAUACUUAUCAAAUUUUAAUGUUGGUGAUGAUUGUCCAGUCUUCGAAGGCUUGUUUGACUUCUGUUCCAUGUAUACUGGAGCAUCAUUAGAAGGUGCAACUAAACUGAACAACAGAAACUGUGACAUAGCAAUUAACUGGAGCGGCGGCCUUCAUCACGCGAAGAAGUUUGAAGCCUCAGGUUUCUGUUACAUCAAUGACAUCGUGAUUGCGAUCCUUGAGCUGCUCAAGUAUCACGCACGAGUAUUGUACAUAGACAUCGACGUUCACCACGGUGACGGUGUACAAGAGGCCUUCUACUUAACUGACCGCGUAAUGACGGUGUCGUUCCACAAGUACGGCAAUUAUUUUUUCCCGGGUACGGGUGACAUGUACGAGGUGGGUGCCGACGGCGGUAGAUACUAUUCGGUAAACGUACCCUUGAAAGAGGGUAUCGAUGACGCUUCCUACAUGCAAGUUUUCAAACCUACCAUCUCCCACGUAAUGGAAUUUUUCCGACCUACCGCUAUCGUUCUUCAAUGUGGUGCUGACUCUUUAGCCAACGAUCGUUUGGGUUGCUUCAGCUUGAGUACCAAAGGUCACGGUGAGUGCGUGAGAUACGUGAGAGAUCUUAAUGUACCGCUACUGACGGUCGGCGGAGGUGGUUAUACCUUGAGGAACGUGGCCAGAUGCUGGACUUACGAGACUUCACUGUUGGUCGAUGAGCAGAUUAGUAACGAGCUUCCACUUACCGAGUACAUUGAGUACUUCGGUCCUGACUUUACUCUCCAUCCAGAAGUGGUCACGCGUCAAGAUAAUGCCAACAGUAAGCAGUACCUUGAGGCUAUCACCAAGCACGUCUACGACAACCUAAAGAUGGUUCAACACUCACCUAGUGUACAAAUGCAGGAUGUACCCUGCGAUGCUUUGCCACCUGAGGAAGAUAGACAGCCCGAACCUGAUCCUGAUUCCAGACAGAAUCAACAGGAUUUGGAUAAAAUCGUCGAACCGCCUAAUGAGUAUUAUGCAGGGGAUAAGGAUCAGGAUAAGAUGGACACUGGAGACUCGUAAUUUUGUCAAUGUGCGCAUGUACAGUAUAUCUAUAUUAUCAUCGCUUAUCAUGCUUGAUGCGAUUGUUAUAGAUAAAAAAAGUACUUUGCUUUUUAGAAGUAUAAUUUACAUAUUUGCUUUGAGUGAUAUUCUGAAUUUUAUUUUUUUGCAAAUGUUUUUAUAACAUGUAAAAACGAACACUUCCAUAGUGUAAAUAAGUGUAUGAUAUUCCAGUAUGAAAAAUAUAUAGGGAUAUUAAGAGUUAUCACGUAAUUGAUUUUUAACAAUUUUUUGGAUGUUUAUAUGAAGCAAAUUAAUAUUUGAAAUAACAUUUUUUUAUUAUUCAGUAGUGACUUAAGCAUAUAGAUGUGUCCAAAAAUUAAUGAUUGUUAAAAAUAUAGCAAAUAAAUCUAAAAACAUAAAAAAUAAUUUACAUCCUUUUAUUCUAUUGUGAAAAUAAAAAAAUUAAUGUGCAAGAAACAUAAUUUUAAUUUAAUUGAUGAAUUGUAUAUAGGAA